AUGGCGGCCUAUAUGUGGGAGACCCAAAUCUACCCAAGCGAAAAGUUCGUUGAAUCUUGCGGAGCAAUCUUGUUUGACCUGUCGGGAAGGUCUAAGAAAGUUUGCCUCCUCCACCUCAUCAAGAAGGACCACUGGGUGUUACCUAAGGGCCGGCGCAACUGCAAUGAGACGCGCCAGGAUGCGGCAGUUCGAGAGGUCCGAGAAGAGAGCGGAUUCGCAUGCCGGCUGCGACCUGUAACGAUGCCGACACGAGCUCCAUCCGACAUCGAAGCAGCGGAUGUGAAGGAUAUGGCCAGAACGUAUCACAACCUUACAGAGCCUUUCUUCUUGGAGGUCAGAGAUCUGGAAGAAGACGGCGUGAAAUUGGUUUGGUGGUUUAUUGCCGAGCUCGACAGAAGUCAACUACCAGGCAAGGCCGAGAUUCAUUUUGUACCUGAAUUCUUCGACUACGAAAAGGCAAUGACAGUUCUCACUUUUCAAAAAGACCGCGAUAUGUUGCGGAGAGCUAUCAAUCUUGUAGAAACCGCGGGUUGGGUUGGCUUUCGGAAAUGGGACUAA